CUGCCUCUACGUCACACACGUGACGUCGCCUGGAGGGGCUCCAAAGAUGCCCCUCGUUGUGAGCGCGCGGCAUUCAGUGAUCCGCAGAGGACAGUGAAGUCAGCUCUCUGAUCUUUACAUUUACCCGCAGUUUGGUUGGUUUUUAAUCGGCAUGUGGGCGCGAGCUGUUUUGUGCGCGGCGCUGCUGUCGGCUCUGUGUCCGACCGGUUCUACGGAAGCCGAGAGGGAGGAAAGAGAAGUGCAGGACAAUCGCUACAACUCCAACAGACUGCUCGGAGCGCUGCAUGAAGUCCUGGAGAAGCUGCAGACGAAGAGGAUCAAUCCGUGGGAGAAGAAGUAUGGACAGGUCCCCUCUUGUGACCUCGGCGAGCACUGCGCCAUCAGGAAAGGAUCUCGGAUUGGGAAGAUGUGCGACUGUCCCAGUGGAGCCUUCUGCAACUUCUUCCUGCUGAAGUGCUUAUGAGCCAAAACCCAACAACCCAGUACAUUUUAAAACUCU